AUGCGCACCACGGUGACACUUUUGUUAUUGGCGAAGUUCGCGAAAUCUCAAAUGAUGGGAUAUUCACCGUACGAUUAUUCUUCGAUGCUUCAAGGGUAUUCAUCGUACAAUCCAUUUGGCAUGAUGUACAGCGGAUUAGAGAGCAACUCGUUGACGGGAAUGACCGGUAUGAGCGGAGGAAUGACUGGCGGAUUAGCCGGCGGAUUGGGUGGUAUGAGCAGCGGCUUCGAGAAUUUGUAUGGCCAGUACAAUCAAUUUAUGCCGUAUAACAAUGGAUUGUUCAAUUUUGGAAAUGGCGCGACAACAAAUGGCGGAUUUAACAAUGGAAUGUUUGGUGCAAUGACUCAAACUUUCGCGAAUAAUAACAAUAAUGGUGGAUUCGCGAACAACAUGAUGGGACCCAAUAAUAAUAACAAUAAUGUAUACGGCGCCACAAAUGCUCCUGUCAAUUCCGGCACAAGCUUGAACAACGGAAAUACAAUGCGUGCUUAUGGUCGACGAACUCAAGCUUUCAAUUAUUCGCCACCAAAAAGCAACAAUUAAAAUGUGAAUAUGGGAAAUUACAAAUCGAGGCCGCUCACAUCAUGCUCAGACGAAUUAAAAAAGAAGAUAUCCGAAGGAUAUUCGGUAAUACGAAGUCGCUUGAAUGACGACGUAAGACCAAGGACGAGCUCGGGAUGGAUCGAUAUUCAAAUUGCCGCCUUCGAAAAAUCGCCAGAAGAAUUCAAAUCAAUUUUGACACCGGAAAAUUUCGAAGUGCUAUCCGGCCAAAAUCUAUCGCUUCUCCACAUCAUCUGCGCGGGACACAGCGAAUCGCAAUGCGAAAAAUUGAAAUCUGUAAUCGAUAUUUGCGACAAAGAAACGAAGAAGAAAAACAUAUUGUCGUCGAUUUCGACAAAUGGAUUCUCUGCGCUUCACAUUGCAAUCUACAAGGCCGACAAAGAAUUGGUCAAAACUCUAAUCGAUGCUGGCGUUGAUGUUGAUCAACCGGGCCGGCACAUCCUGCCCCCAACGCAUUUGGCCUCGAUGACAGGCGAUGUCGAAAUUCUCAAAAUACUUUUAAAAGCGAAUGCCUCAAUCAAUUCGACAGAUUUUGUUCAUUUCACACCUCUCCACUGCGCAACAUAUUUCGGACACCAAAAUAUCAUCCAAAUUCUUUUGUCUCACAAUGCCGAUGUGAACAAAGGCGGGGCUGUGAAUGAUCGACCUCUUCAUUUAGCGUGUGCCAAAGGAAUGUCUGCCAUCACAAAAAUGUUGAUCGAUUCAGGAGCUGACCCUGUUCUCGAUGAUGAUGAAGGAAAUCAAGCGAUUCACUAUGCUGCGAAAUCGGGCAACUUGACUGUUCUCAACAUGAUCUUGUCAAAAAUCCGAUGUCUGCCCGAUAAAAUUUCGGCUCGCAAUCUCUAUGGCGACACCGCCCUUCAUCUCGCCUGCUAUUCGGGUCGUCUCGACAUUGUCCGAUCGCUUCUCGAAUGCUCGCCAAGUCAUGUGAUCAAUCUGGAAAACGUGUUCUCGGAGACGCCACUGCAUGCCGCGUGCACCGGCGGAAAAUCGCUGGAGCUCGUCGCAUUUCUCAUCAAAUGUCCCGGAGUUGAUCCGAACUAUCAAGGCCAAGACGGACACACCGCAUUGCAUUCAGCGUGCUAUCACGGCCAUUUGCGAAUUGUGCAGUAUCUGCUGGAAAACGGCGCCGAUCAGUCGCUGGCUUCAAGAGCUUUUGAAGGCGGCGCUUUGCGACAACAAGCUGGAGCUGCUGCUCUAUCGAGGCCGUCGAAGGUCGCAACAGCGAUCAUCGCGUUGAACAGAAGCGAUACUCCAUCAUCAAAUGCUUCUUAUAACUCAACAAUUUCUAUUGAGGAUCAACAAACUCCGGUGAUUUGGGCUUAUGAACGCGGUCACGAUGCAAUUGUUGCUCUUCUCAAGCAUUACGCGAGUCGUACUUCUGAAGGCGACGUUUGCAGUGAAUACAGUUCCGGCGAGUCGUCCUAUACCCCAUUGCCGUCUCCAAUGGGCAAGUUGACAUCAUUGACUCGAGACAAAGCUGAGCUUCUUCAAUUGCGAUCAGCCCUCCCUUCUCCAUUUCAUCUGUGUCUAGCCGAAAUCGAAUUUCAAGAAUCGAUUGGUAGCGGUUCAUUUGGUAAAGUUUACAAAGGAACUUAUCGGGGAAAACUUGUGGCCGUAAAACGGUAUCGAGCGAUGGCAUUUGGGUGCAAAUCGGAAACCGACAUGCUGUGCAGAGAAGUUUCAAUUUUGUCGCGCCUCUCACAUCCAAAUAUCGUAGCGUUCAUUGGAACAUCAUUAGACGAUCCAAGUCAAUUCGCCAUAAUAACAGAAUUCGUAGAAAACGGGUCACUUUUUCGUUUACUACACGAAGAAAAGAGAAUAUUGGAUCCAGCAUUUCGAUUGAGAGUUUCACUAGAUGUAGCUAGAGGUAUGAGAUACUUACAUGAAAGUGCCGCGAAACCAGUUAUACACAGAGAUCUCAACAGCCACAAUAUUUUAAUUCAUUCGGAUGGACGAAGUGUUGUUGCUGAUUUCGGCGAAAGUCGUUUUGCUAGUCAACGCGAUGAUGAAAACCUUACAAAGCAACCAGGAAAUCUUCGGUGGAUGGCACCAGAAGUAUUCUCGCAAAGUGGACGCUAUGAUCGAAAAGUGGAUGUAUUUAGUUUUGGAUUGGUGAUUUGGGAGCUACACACCGGAGAACUGCCGUUUUCUCAUCUUAAACCCGCCGCAGCUGCUGCCGAGAUGACCUACAAACGUGGGCGACCGACACUCCCAAAUCAGGCGACCCCUCAGUUUCCUGAGCAUAUUCUCAAAUUAAUACCACAGGCUUGGAAUCCAGAGCCACAAUAUCGGCCCGAAUUUUCGCAGAUUGUACCCUUGUUGGAACCACAUGUCGACGAGCACACCGAUAUUUCUGCACCUUCAACCGUAUCUCAACUCAAAUCUCAAUGGGAACAAUUAAGCUUGGCACCCCCAACGCGACCAGGAUUCCCACCAAUACUCUCUGCACUUCACGGAAUGUCGGCGAACAAAACGGUUGAAGAACUCAGAUCACGGAUAGAUAGCAACGGAUACGUAGUGAAUCGAUUAGCGUGA